AGGCAGGCAGGCAGGCAGGCAGGCAGGCGAGGAGUCCGUCCAUGGCGCCCGGGGCUUCCCUCCUCCCUCCCCCCGCUGCUGGGGGUCCUGAGACGCCCCUCCCCCUUGGGAAGCCCCUCGAGAGGGAGGUGGGCAAGCAGCCAAGGAAAACCCCGGGCGGAGAAAGGAAGGAAGGAAGGAAGGAAGGAAGAAGAAGAAGGCGCCGCAGCUGAGGAGCACGAUGAGAAGGAGAAGAGGAGGAGGCGAAGGGAGGGAGGAAGAAAAGGAGGGAGGGGGCGGUCCAAGCGAGGAGGGGCUCCUCCCCUUCCCCCUCCCCCCUCUCCCCCCUCCCUCCGCAACAAGCGGCGCUUUCGGAGCCUGUUUUGGGGAGCUCCGGGGAGAGAGAGAGAGAGAGAAAGAGAGAGAGAGAGAGAGAGAGAGGGAGGCCUGGAUUCAGCACCAGCCGAGGAGGGACAGCUCCGCCAUGGAGCCCUAGGAGCGAGGCGCCUUUGCUGCAGGCAGACCCUUCCUCGUCUUCCUUCUCUUUCCUUGGGGUCGGGAUGUAGCCCCUGCCAGGAGCCAAGCCGUCCUUCCUUCCAUCCUUCCUUCCUUCCUUCCUUCCUUCCAUCCUUCCUUCCUUCCUUGGCCCUGCUGCAGCUUGCCUGCCUCAGGAGGGGAUCAGGACCCGCUUGCUCGCCCCCCGCCCCACACCGGAGGCACCCUGGGCCCUGGAGGGCUCCGAGGAAGAAGGAGAGAAGGAGAAGCAGGAAGGAGAGCCCUGACCCUCGGCCCGGAUGGGAGGGGUCUCGGCGGGCCCCCCUGAGGGCUAGGGGCCUCUGAGGGACCCGGGGGGAGGGGGGCGGGGGGGGGCCGAGGCGGGGGGGCGGGCGAUGGCGGCGGCGAUCGCGAGCUCCCUGAUCCGGCAGAAGCGCCAGGCGCGCGAGUCCAACAGCGACCGGGUCUCGGCCUCCAAGCGCCGCUCCAGCCCCAGCAAGGACGGGCGCUCCCUCUGCGAGAGGCACCUCCGAGGGCUCUUCGGGAAGGUCCGCUUCUGCUCCUCCAGCGCCAGGAAGAGGCACCUCCGGCGCAGGCCAGAACCCCAGCUGAAAGGCAUCGUGACAAGGUUAUUCAGCCAGCAGGAGUUCUUCCUGCAGAUGCACCCCGACGGGACGAUUGAUGGGACCAAGGACGAAAACAGCGACUACACCCUCUUCAAUCUGAUCCCGGUGGGGCUCCGCGUGGUGGCCAUCCAAGGCGUGAAGGCCGGCCUCUAUGUGGCCAUGAAUGCCGAGGGCUAUCUCUACAGCUCAGACAUCUUCACCCCGGAGUGCAAGUUCAAGGAGUCCGUCUUCGAGAACUACUACGUCAUCUACUCCUCCACGCUCUACCGGCAGCAGGAGUCCGGCCGGGCCUGGUUCCUGGGCCUCAACAAAGAGGGGCAGAUCAUGAAGGGGAACCGGGUGAAAAAGACCAAACCAUCCUCACAUUUUGUACCAAAACCCAUAGAAGUGUGCAUGUACAGAGAGCCUUCCCUGCAUGAAAUCGGAGAGAAACAAGGCCGCUCCAGGAAAAGCUCGGGGACGCCCACCAUGAACGGAGGCAAAGUGGUCAACCAGGACUCCACAUAGCCGGGGGAGCCCCCGCCAACAUGGCCGCCGCCGCCUCGCUGACCCCCGCAUCCAACCUUUGACCGACCGACCGACCGACCGACCGUCCACCCGCUCACGGAGAUGCCAGCUGCGCCCCACGGAGCAGGCAGGGGCUCCCAGGGAGCGGCUGUGGGUUCGGGACCCGGCCGCCCUUCCUUCCUUCCUUCCUUCCUUCCUUCCUUCCUUCCUUCCUUCCUUCCUUCCUCUUUUCCUUCUUUUUUUCUUUCCUUCCUUCCUUCUUUCUUUCCGUCCGUCCAUCCCUCGGCCUGUGCUUGGAACGGGGAGGCCUUGCCUGGUUCGGCACCUUUGGCGACACGACACACCAACACCGAAACCCACACGACCACGACGACGCCCGGCGACGAGGGGCAGAAACGGCGAAAACAAUGCGCAUAGAUCUAUUUUCAAUCAGGACUCCAUUAACAUUAAAUAUAAAUAUAAAUAUAUAUAAUAUAUAUAUAUUACAGAAAUAUAUAUAUCACAAAACAGCAAAGCUGUUUGCUCUGUGAUCAAAGAUCGGGAGGGGGGGAGGAGGAAUUGUUCAUCUCUGCAUAAGAAAUAACAACAAUUAAAAAAUUAUAAUAAUUA